AAAUUACAAAAUUCUUGCACCAAGAUGGCGGAUUGCUAUCUAAUACUUGUUGCAUUUAAAAUGUACUGGAAUUAGUGCUGAAAAAUUGCUGGAUACAAUUUUUGCACUAUGCAUCUAGAUCUAUGAUUAAACCUAGAAGUCUUAUUUGCUAAUCAUUAAAUUGUUUAGAUAUAAUAGCAAUGGAUAGCAACGGCGUAAGUGAUGAAAAUGUGCAGAUGAUUCUGGCAAUGGGUUUUCCUUCGGAAUCUGAAGUUCGUAGAGCCUUGCGCAUGGCUAAAAAUGACCCAAGUGAUGCUGUAGCUAUAUUAACUAAUGAACCAACAUCUUCUUAUGAUGUUGUUGAAGAUAUGGAUGUAGACCUGAAAGAAGGAACUGUUACAACCAAUAGAACAUAUGGACCUCAAUUGCCUCCAUCUUAUGAAGAGGUGUGUCAUGAUGAUCCUGAUAAUGACCUAUCAGCAAAUGAAGGUGGCACAAUGGAUGAAUCAAACAUCAUGGAGUUCCCUGUAACAAACCUUUAUGAGUUAGAAGGACGUGUUUUUACAGAAAUGUGGAAUAUUCCUUUUAAACGAGAAGAGUCCCUGGGAAAAUGUUUGAUAGCUUCAACACGACUUAUGGAAGCAGGUUUGGUAGAAAGUGAUGAGCACUGCAAGCGUUUCAUAGAUCGUUGCAUGCCAGAGGCCUUUACAAAGUUAUUGACUUCCAAUGCUGUACAUAAAUGGGGCAUUGAGAUUCAGGAAGGUAUUUUCAAUAUGCUUGGUUUGCUCAUUGAGUUAGUAGUUUCUUCUCUUAAGCAGCCUACCAUUUAUCCAGUACUAAUGGAUUGUCUUAAAAUAGCAUUUAAUCCAGAUACUGAGUUUCAAAUGAAGAAUAAAAAUAAAAGAAGAGAAGACAGGUCUGAAUAUAGUGAUUUAUCUGGAGCAAUCUCUCAUAAAACGGGUUCAUUUUGCUGGCUAGCUGAGCUUAUUGGUAUGUUUACAAAUUUAGGUGGAUUUGAGCUGGUCAAAAAACAUUUAGAUUCAGAAAAUGUUGAUAUUUUGAACAUGUCAUUACUUCUAAGGCCAUUCGGUGUUUGUGCCAGCUUCCUUAGUCAGAGUACCAUGGACACUAUGCUUAGACCAGGCAUGGAAAAAGCAGUAAAAACAAUUCAAGCAUUGGAAGAGAAGGACUUCAAAGAUAAAAAAAUAGGCAGUGUAUCGGAUCUUUUGAGCUCUAUGAAGCUCCUGUGUCUGCAGAUGUGGCGAGAGGAUGUUGACAAGUUGGAUGAUCUCCGCUUGGAUGUUACAUUGCGCAUGCUCAAAUCUCCCCAUUUUAAUGCCAAAAUGAAUGCUUUAAAAGAGGUAACAAAGCUGAUAGAUGAACUUGGCAGCAGAACUUUUAAGUCAUCUGCUAUUGUCAUACCAGAGAGUAAACUAUUGGACUGGUUGGUGGAAAAUAAAGUUUUGUCUAUAGCACUUGAAGGUAACAUAGACCAAGCCCAGUACUGUGAUAAAAUAAAAGGCAUUGUUGACUUUCUGGGGUCUAAGCUGUCCCUUGAUGAGCUAUCUAUGAUAUGGAAGAUGCAGAAUGGGCAGACCAGCAAUGUUAUAGACAACAUACAUUCCAUUAUAGCAGCAGCAGCAGUCAAAUUUGAAUUCAAUCAGUUGGAACAUCUGUUUCUUCUAAUACAAAAGAAAUGGCAAGACGACAAUGACAAAACAAGAGAUAAACUUUUGACCCUUAUUGGAAAAAUCGGCAAGGAUGCCAAAGUUUCAAAAACAACAACAAAAGUGUUAGAGCUGCUAUGGGACCUCGCUCACCUACCUUCAUUGAGUACAGCUUUAGUGGAACAAGCGCUAGAUGAGCACCAUGCUAUUUUGUCAGACUCCUACAGUGUGAAAGAACAAAUCAAAAUGCAGUAUGUUAAUAAGUGUGUUGAGGAUAUCAAAAAGGGAGCAUGUGUGCUACCAGCAUUAAAACAACUGAUGCUGAUUUGCAAAAGCAUUAUUAAAAAUCCUGCACAGAAGGGAGAUAAUAAGGGUGUUAUCAAUGAGCUGAACAAAGGAAGUGACAUAAUCAAACUGGUCACCAACAGCCUUGUUAAGUGUCAUAAACAGGCUGCGUCACUGGUUGGAGAUGGUCAACUGAAGACCACAACCAUGGUGGAUGGACGUUACACUCAUGUCGAUUACAUUGCAAUCCAUCUUAAUUUCCUACUAUACAUCUUACAAGCUGGAGACCUGUAUCUUCCCUGGAAUCGAGCUCGAGACAUCUGGACAACGCUUGUUGCAAAUCCUAAAGCUUGUGAUUGGGAUAGAGAGACUUGCUAUGAUUGGUUCCAGCAUGAAAUCACUGACUUAGAAAUAGACACCCAGAAUCAAAUGUUUCAGAAAAUGAUAUUAUGUAUUGAUCCUUCUAAACUGAGUGAAAGCGGCUUCAAAUGUUUCAAGUGUUUCUUUGAAGGCGUAAACAUUUAUGAACAUCGUCUUAAGAAUGUCAAUUCAACUUUGGUGGUAGAGAAGCCAGACUUAAUAGGCUUGGACUACCUCUGGGAAAUCUGUCUUCAUGUCCCUAGUGAGAACAUAGCUGAGCAAGCCAUUCAGCUUUUGUUGUCCUACAGCUAUAGUCAACUCAAUUCUAAAUUGAAAAAGGAGCCACUGGCUUUACACAAGAAGUUUAUUAAUGAGUGUUACACAAGACUUGAGACAGCUAGAAUGGGACUUGGUGGCAACGUGGUGGCUCAAACUGUCUCUAAUGCUACAAAAGUCGUGACUGCAGCAAUUGUACCAGAUGUAGCAAAUGUUCCUUUACCUUCCAGGUCAGUCAAGUUUCUUGCUAUAGAACGCCUCCUGUGGAUUGCAGAGUCCUAUAUCUUGUCAGUGGAAGAGAUUCACUGUGUGCCGCGCAAUAUACUUCCGCAUGGAGCAUCUUUUCAUGGCUACCAGCUGAACCUGCUUGUUAAAUGUGAAGCUUUGAAAGUAGAGUUUACCUUACAGUGUCACAGUAAUGAAACUUUAUCAUCAGUCAGGAAAAAAGUUUUCCAGCGACUGAAUCAACCAGUAGAUCAUGUACAGAUGCAUACUAAUGAUAAACUGCUUUGUAUGACAAAAGACCAGCUUCUUCUCCACCAGUUAGACAUCACUGAUAACAGUGUCCUGCAGGUCCACCUUGGCACAUCCUCCACAUCAAAGUCCAGCUCAACAUCUAUGGCCUCUGGACCCAGUGGAGUUAACAAAGAGGUAACUACGAAAGAGGUUACUGACGGUGGAGAAGGAAUUACAUCCCAACAACAGACAUCAUCAUCAGUGACCUCCAAAUUAUCUGCUGCUGCAAGUUUUGGUAAAGAGGAUCUAGACAAAGGAGCAUCUAGUACAGUAUUAAAACAGACCUUUGAUAUAGAACAGGAAAAAAUGUUGCCUGGUGUUGUUAUGGCUAAAGGUGGCGAGGUAUUUGAAAUGUUGUAUCAGCUGACGGAGCUAGAUGAGCCAAAGAUAACUAAAAGAGUUCAGAAACUAUUAAUGUUGAUUCCAACUGACCAAGCUGUAUCUGAUGCUCUUGAUCUCAUUUGUCACAAACAAAUUCUGAAGUCUGUUGCCUCAUCUGAAGAUUUAUCUGGUGUUAAGUCAAGUCCUAAAAAGUCUGCCCCGACCUCCAGUGCUACUGUUCCAGUAUCUCCCAAGGAGACAAUUAGAAAUUUGUUUGACUGCAACAAACCAGACAUGAGUGCCUUCAGAGUCUUAUACAAUCUAGAGGUUUUAAGUUGUAAAUUGAUGCCAACUUCUGAAGAUUUAACAACACAAGCCAGUGCUCAGAACUUCUGUGUAGAGUUUCUCCACAAUGGCGGCUUGUCUCUGGUAGUCAGCGUGCUGCAGCCAGAGUCCCUUCCUGCAGAAAUCAAUUAUGAAAUCAGACAAGGAUGUUACUCCAUUUGUUUACAGCUUGCAAGAUAUCUGCUGUGUGGUCAGACAGUAAUUGGAAAGUCAGAUAAAGACUCCUCCAUCUUAGCUCCCUCUCCUAUCAAGACUAGCUCAAAGUGGAGCCAUGCAAUACAAAACUUGAGUACACAGGAAUUUGUGGAGACCAUUUCCUGCUUUAUGAAAGUCACUUGGGCUGCAGCAGCAGGAAGGCUUCAUCUUCUCAGCUACAAUCAACCAAUUAAAGAAAGCAGAGAAGGAUUUAGUUGUGGUCAUCGCAGCAGACAGAGCAGUACAGGUAGCUCAGCCAGUACCAACAGUGACAGUGAUAACCAAUCCCUGCACGCUGGUGUGUGUGCUCAUCAAAUCAACAUACCCACACAGGAUGCUCAGAUUGCUAAAGAGGCCUUAGAGAUUCUAAUCACAUGCUUGCAGCUAAGAAAAGAACUGUUAGCUUCAUUUUACACUUUGCCAUAUGUAAGUGACUUUAUCUUGGAUCUGCUGGUCAGUUGUCCACUUAAAAAUAUAAGGGAUGCAACACUGGAGCAGCUCUAUCUGUUGUCCCAGCUGGAUGUCUCUCAGGCAGUAGGUUCAGAUGCAGUCCAAUCACCAAAGCAAUUCAUUCUACAGAUGCUGUUAAAAGCUUUUGUCCCUUUCUGGGUUUCCUCUUCCAAUGCUCGUGGAUCAACACAAAAACUGUUAAAUCAAUGUUCGCAGUAUUUUGAACUUCGAUGUCGACUUCUGGAAAACUUAACAUUUAAUGAGCAACAAAAGCUUGGCCUUCACCCUAUGUCCAUGUUGGACGAUGAAGUCAUCUGGCUCUGUAACUUUGUCCCUUCUCGAAAUGGUGAACUUAGUCAGACCGACAACACACUGUUAGCAGGACAUCUGAAACUGAUGCGUACACUUGCUACUUGUGAGGGAGUUGAAAAGAGUUCUUAUGGUGGCACUCUAGUCAAUGACCUGCUCCAUGACUUCCUGUUCCCAGCAUCCAAGCUGAUGUUGGACAGUAUGAAUCAAACAGCACAGGACAGCAACCUGAUGGAGUUUAACCCAAAAUGUUCCAACUCAGAAUCUCGAGUAGCUGCUUAUGAUCUUCUAGCCGAAUUAACCAAUAAAUGUUCCUACAAUUUAAGAAUUAUAUGUAAGGAGUUAUUGAUGAUGCAUCACCAGUAUACAGAUAACAAGAAGGAAUGGGAGUACAUGCCUCCAGUAGAUGGUAGAGCCAGCUGUGGCUAUGUAGGGUUAAAGAAUGGUGGGGCUACCUGCUACAUGAACUCAGUAUUACAACAACUUUACAUGACUCCAGGUGUGCCAGAAGCAAUACUCAGUGUUGAUGAAGAUCAGCCUGAUGAAGAUUCAGUAUUUUAUCAAGUCCAGCAAAUGUUUGGUCAUCUCAUGGAGAGCCGACUGCAAGCUCAUGAACCAGAAAAAUUCUGGCAAGUUUUCAAGUUGUGGGGUCACUCUAUCAACAUCAGAGAGCAGCAGGACUCAUUUGAUUUUUUUCAAGCUGUACUGGACCAGAUUGAUGAGCAUAUGAAAGCAAUAGGCAGAGAAGAAAUUUUUAAGAAAAAAUUUCAAGGCAUUUUUUCAGAUCAGAAAAUAUGUAAGGACUGUCCUCACAGGUAUGAGAGAGAGGAGGCUUUCAUUGCUCUCAAUCUGACAGUCAAGAAUGCCACACUCCAAGAUUCACUGGACCAAUUUGUCAAAGAAGAACUUCUGGAAGGAGUCAAUGCUUACUUCUGUGAGAAAUGUGGGGAAAAGAGAAAUGCUAUCAAACGAAUGUGUAUUAAGAUGCUGCCACCAUUACUUUGCAUUCAGUUAAAGAGAUUUGGUUAUGAUUGGGAGGCCAACAGGGCUUUAAAGUUUGAUGAUUAUUUCAAAUUCCCAUGGAGACUAGACAUGGAACCUUAUACUGUUGAAGGAAUGGCUCGAAGGGAAGGUCAACAGAUGGACAGAAGUAGCACGUCAGACAACCAGUCUUCCAGUAGCAGCAACGAUGGGGAUGGAGGCAACUCUGAUUCUCUGAAUGGUGAAAUAGAGGCUGGGAUAGAAGCUGCUUCAAUUAAUUCUGAGCCGAGUCCUAUUCAAUAUGAUUUGGUGGGCAUUGUCGUACACAGCGGUCAGGCCAAUGCUGGACAUUACUAUUCAUUUAUUAGGGAUCGUAGAGGCACUGUAAUCACCAAUCCAAACAAAGGGAAGUGGUUUAAGUUCAAUGAUACUGUGGUGGAAGAGUUUGACAUGAAUGAUGUGACGGUGGAGCAGGAAUGUUUUGGUGGAACAUAUAAAGCUAAAGUGUAUGAUUCUUCCAACACAUAUCCAGAGGAAAGGUUGCGCUACUGGAAUGGUUAUCUUCUUUUCUAUGAGAAGCUCGAUGACAUGAGGUCACCAGUCACAGCUAAACGCAGCAAGAUUAUUUCUCGGAGGGUUUUACCAGAAGGAGGAAAACGUAGCAGUGACAGUCUCAUGGAACUGACAGAAUUGGUUCAUAAAGGGGAAAGAAAAGGAAUAUUCCUCGACCGCAUGCCUGCAGGCAUUCAACAGAUGAUCCAUGCUGAGAACAUUACUUUUGUCAAGAAUAGGGACAUUUACAACCCAGAGUAUUUCACAUUUAUCAAACAACUAGUUUCUAUAGUCCUGAAAAGUAGACCUACCCAGUGCCAGACCAAAGAAGAUGACUCUGACUACAGUGUGAAAUGCAUUGAGUGUAUGCAACUAAGUAUUAGGUUUUUAGUCAAUACUUAUCUACGUACACGGUUAAAAACACAAUCAGAGUUAGAUGAGUGGGUUGUACUGCUAGAAAAUCUCAUGCACUCCUGUAAAGAAGCUUGUUUGUGGUUCAUUGAUUAUUUAGCAAGCCUUGAAGGCUGUGAGAUAAUAAAACCAUUUAUUUUAGAAUCUACCAGUAAAGAAGUGCGUGUCAUGUUUGGAAAAUUGUUAGAAAGAACGUUUGCUAGUUUUUAUUAUCAUGGUGGUGUGCCUACUCAUCCUAAUUUGAAUACAUUGCUGGAGACUUUGUUGUCACUGUUAGAUAAAGAUGCAGUUGAUUUGGUUAGAAAUAGUACACAGUAUUUCCUAGUGCUCAGGUCCUACAUACAGCUGGGGACCAAGGCAUGUGCUCACAUGUUUGGAAGAAAUGGCUUUCAACGUCUUGUCAAUUUUCUUCUUGGAAAUGGAAAUGGGGAAUCAGGGAGAAGGUGGAGUUCAAUCCAAGCUCGUGAAUUCACUCACCUCCACACAGCCCUGGCUCUGCUUAUACUCAACUGUGAUGUGAAAGCUUACCAAACAGAUGAACCUGGCAGCUUUGGAGACAGAAAACCUUCCACAGUACAACCACAUAUAUUUCUAAAAAUGUCUGCAGAGAUGAGCUCCUAUGUUUUUGGGGAAGAGUCACAUAGAUACAUUAAAGAGGUGGUAACAGCAGUGAGAGAAUUGUCUGGUGGAACUCUACAGUCACUGUAUGAUAUGCUGCUGUAUUGUUGCUAUUGUAACUUUCCCUUCACCAAGACAUUACUCAAACAGAUCAUGUGUCAAUAUUCUAACAUAGCAUCUAAUGAACUGAAGCCAAUCUUUAUGCUACUGACAGAGAUUUUGUCUCUAGAGGAUCCACUUCAGACAAUCCGACUUCAGUAUGUCAUUGAUGGUUUUCUGGAUGAAAAAGAGAAAAAAUUUGAAGGCUUGACAAAUGUGAUAAGACUUAACCAUGUCUCCGAUAGCAGAAGGUCAUACCAGUGUAUUAAGUUUUUAGUCUCACUCAUGAAUCAGUCUGCAGUGGCCAAAGAGUUCUUGGUCAAAACGCCAAUGAAAUGGCAAUGGGCGGUUAACUGGCUCAAAAAGAAGAUGAGUGAUCACUACUGGAGCACAACUUCCUCACCCAACUUGUCCAAUGAAGACUCCAACAGAAAAUCUUUCCAGAGGACUUACAGUGCACAGCAUACAUUGCAAGAAGCCACAGCUUUGUUGACUGAGAUGGAGACGCAAGAAUUUAACAACAACAACAACGUCACUGUCACAGCCACGAGCAGUGGAGAAUUUGAUGUUGAUGUCAACUUGACAAUGUUUUCUAGCAGUGAGGCCAGCACCAACUCUGGCACCAGUAGCAGCAUUGCCGACAAAGUAGUUCUGAAGCAGAAUCCUUCGCUGACCACAAACUCAUCUUCCAGGUCAUCACCAGGUCGAUCAGAUGACCCAAGUUUGGACAUUGACUAAUUUUUUACUCACAAAUUUCUUCUUUAUUUUGUUCUCUCUCUGCUAACCAGGUUUCCAUAAGUUUCAGAGCCACAUGAAAUUUGUUAAGCUUCUUUGGAAGUCAAAAGUGAAACAGUCACAAUGUAAAAUCUUCAUUAGUACCUGUACCACAUGCAAGGGGAAGAUUUAUACAUGACCAACCUUUUUGGUUUUCAUGUGUUUUCUUUUAUUCACUUUUGUGAACUUUCAGUUUACCAUUGCAACAUUCCCUUUUGUUUUUGAAAAGGGAGACAAUGAUGCUAAACUAUAUUAUUCAGACAGAAUUUUUAUUUAUGUAUUUUUUCUAUGAUUUAUGAUUGUAUCUUAACACCACAAGAAAGAUUUAUGAUUGUGCUGUGAACUUUGUGCUCAUAAAAGUUCACUUUCACUGCUGACAAAGAUCAUUGAACUUUGUCUUCUGAGAUAGUUGCUACAAUAACAGUUACUCUCAGGGUGGAGUAAAAGCAUCAGGUGUCAUUACUAGGUGUCAUUACUGCUAAUUAGACAAACUACAUGUGGUCUCAUCACUCUCUGUCCUCUCUACAUAAAUUUAUUGUGUAUGUACAGUUUUACAUUUUGUAUGCAAUUAUAAAAUUUUUAUUGUUAGUUUAUGAUCCGGUGGGUGUAGAUACAUUGAAAUCAUGAAUGAACUGCAUCCAACGCUUAUAAAAACUUUUAAUUUCCAUGAUUUGCCCAAUGUCUUACUGAUUAUUUUUUGUUUACUUGCUUUCUUUUGUUAACUAAGCUUCCUUUGUACUGUCCCAGUCCUUUGUUGUCUCCUCAAGUUUCAAAACUACAGAUGGAAGGGAAAAAUGAAAUGAGCUGUAUGGGUAUUGUUAUGAAUGACAUGCAUCAUAUAAUAGCAGCACAAGUUGUUGUAGCAAUAGUGUUAAUUACAGUAUUGUCAGGAAAUGUUUGGAUGAAAUAUUCUUUGUUUUUAAUUGAGAUAAUGAUGACAAUUGGAUGGUCAUGUGGUAUGUGAUUGCUGUCCUGAACCUUGUCUGUUGCCUCCCCUGAUGUCGGGAGGUUUGAGCUAGGAUGUAAUAAUGUUUCAAUCUGAACAUCCAAAACAUUUAAAACAAACAAAAAACUAGUCUGUAUACAGUAGUCAUUUGCUAAUUAGUUUUUAUGCAUUACUCAAGUUUUGUAUAGAAUUACAUUACAAAAAGCCAAUGCAAAAUCAUUGAGAUAUCAGAGACUUUCUAGAAAACUAAAGCCUUCAUUGUAAAAAUGUUUAAAUAUUAUUCUUAUUUUAAAAAAUUCAUUGUUCAAAAAUUCUUGAAAUAAUUGAGCCUUUAUUUUUAAAAAAGUAUUUUUUUUAAAUAUUUUUUUAAAAUAUUAUCCUUUUUUAUUUGGAAAAUGAAGGACCAUUUGUGCUGCUUACUAAAUAAACUUUGUUUCAAAAUAGUCACUCAGUAGGAAGUUGUUGUGUUGGACAAGCUUUUUUUUUUUUCAUUUUAUUAUAAAUCUAUAUUUUCAGUAGCAUUGACCCUAUAUUUUAUUUUUUACAAACCAUUUGCUUACAUUAUUUUCUGUUGAAAGAACAAACAAAAGUAGCUAUUACAUCUUAGAAAGAUUUGUUUCAGAUAAAACUCUGUGUGUGUAUAUGGGUAACCUAUAGUUGUGUAUGUUUGUGAGGAGUAAGUAAAUAUAUAUAUAAAAGUAUGACUCGUGUCAUUUGAGAAACAUAUAUAUAUAUAUGUCACACAUCCUAGCCAACAGACUCAAAUUCAGUUACAUAUCCUAGACUUCUAGGUGUUUUUGUUUUUGCUCUGGCUAAUUGACCCUCUUCAUGACCCUAGGUAACUAACCAAAUUCAUCCAAAUAUAAAUGUAUCAUUCUUUGUCUUUUUGAUGACCUUCAUGUAUAGUGACAGCUUGCUGUCUUCUGAUAGAAACUUCUGACUGAUGGUGAUGAAGCGAUUUAUUUGUUUCUUAGAUAAACUGAUAGUCCAAUACUGAGGCUUAGAAUGUUGAGCAAUUUUGUUGACACCUUAUGCAAUUAACAAAAUGUGCAGGUUUUUGUUCCCUGAAUAGCUUUAUGUUUAUUUGAUAUUGACAUGUAUUAGUUCUGUCUGCUCACUAUUUGAAUAUACAUUUCAUGCAAGUAGUUUCUUUGAGUUGCCUAUUGGUAACUUAUUUCCUAAUAGAAUGUCAUGUGUUAUACAAACUGGAUUGUCAUCUCUAUGGUCUCGGGUUGAACCCUGUCUGCUUUCAUCUUGUGCUGACCUGUGGGAAAUUCGUCCCAAGUUGUAAUUAUCUUCAUUUCUAAAAGAAUGUUUGAAACAUACAGUCAAGUCUACAUUUUCUAAUUGACAAAUAGUUCAUUGUCAAAGUAUUGAAUUUACUAGGUAUUGUUUUAUUUUUUUACCUUUUCAGUUAGAGUUACUAGAUAGUCACUUGGACCUACUACAGUCCUAUCAUUCUCUGGUUCAUGAGUAAUAUCCUUUGACCUUAUUCUUCCUUGUGAUUCUUUUAUUUUUAAAAGUCUUUCAAAUUCUUUCUCAAUUUUUUUUUUUUUUUUGGCAAUUGUUUAAUGAAUGUUUUCCUUCUUUUGUUGUUACUUAUGUAUAGUAAUGAACUUUUCAUUCAAUUUUAGGCUGAUUUUUAGUGUUAGACUUUUUGUCCUGCUUUUGUUUUAUGAACUAGAAUACAUGGAAGACAAAACAAAAUGUUCAUCAGUUACAUUGUACAUAAUCUGUGCCACUGUUGUACCCGUUGAUUGCAUCUAUUUAAAUAGGAUAAAACCAAUUUUAUGUAGCUUAGAGUGUGAACAAGUAAAGAUUAUUUGUUAUAUACCACAUAAGCAAACGGAGAUUAGCAAUGUGUUUUCCAAGACAGUUCAUUCAUAUGUUGUCAUGCUUAGACUAUGUUAUAACUUUCUUAUUUGUGUUAUCUUAUCCUUGUUCUAUUUUCGUCCUACCAUUGUCUUACCUAGAGAGAGGUAUCAAGAUGUAAAUAAGACUGUAUUAUAAAACUGUACAUGCCAAUGAUCAAGAAUACAUUGAAAUAAAACAAAGAUUGCAAGCUUCUA